AUGCCCGCGCGAACGGUCAACGGUGACGACGCGCCUUUGGCUGACAAGUUCCUUCCCCACGUCAAACAUAUCUUCAGUGAAGUACAAGACACGACCGGCAAUCACCAGAAGAACUAUACGCACCUAUAUAAAGUUCACCAAGAGGCCGCAAAACACGUCGAACGCGUGAAGAAGGGAAAGAGGUACAUUGUGAAAUAUGUGGGCGAAAACCAAUUCGAGGACGCCUUCUUUAACUUGGUCGUAAAGAGUCUUGCUUUGAAGAAAGGGGUGAAGCAGGCAGAUAACAUUGCGAAGUUCGUGGGGGGAUACGUGAAACACGCAAAUGAGAAAGCAUCUGAGCUGAAGAUGGAGGAUGACGAGGAUGCGGACGAUGAUACAACGGCAUCUCGUUUCACCGCCAGUCUGUUGGGGCAUCUCCUCGAAGGAUUCGAGGCGAAAGACAAGACGGUCCGAUAUCGCGUCCUUCAAAUCAUCACCGAGAUGGUAGCUCAUCUAGGAGAACUCGAGUAUGUCGCACUCACUGCCUACGUCACCCGCUGCUCAGCGCCAUCUAGUGUUGAUGACUACCAGAAGCUACACACAGCCCUACGGGCCCGCGUCAACGACAGAGAGUCUUCAGUACGCAUGCAAGCCAUCAUCGCUCUCUCGCGUCUGGUCGACUCCGAGGACCCGGAUGAGAUUCCAGACGGGGAGCUAUCUGGUUCUGACAUGAUACUUCAAGCUAUCUCCGGCGAUGCCUCCGCUGAAGUACGGCGGGCUGCCCUUCUCAAUACCCCAGUAACGGAGAAGACCCUUCCAGUCAUAUUGGAUCGGAUGAGGGAUGUAGACCCGACGGUUAGGAAAAUGGUCUUCGCGAACGUUCUUGCGACAAAUAUAACUCAACGAGUUCAAACAGAGGAAGGAGAGGAGGAGGAGGUCAUGGGUCCCACGCACCCCAAAGCAAUGAAAAUCUCCGAGAGGGAGUUGAUCGUGCAAAAUGGCUUAGGAGACAGGGAAGUUGGCGUACGAUCUGUUGCCGCGAAGCUUCUCAGUUCGUGGGUGGAUGCUGUUACUCCUCAGGGCCCUGUUGAGAUCAAGCAAGACGAGAGCCAGCAGAUGGAAUUACCCGCAAAAACUGAAAGUGGAGAUGUCCCUCUUGACAAGGAAGUGAAGAAGUCAAAGCUGCAGGAGGGUGUCCUUAACGUAAUUGGUUUGUUUGACCUAGGCGGAGAAAGCGAAGUGCCUAGAGACGCCCUUCUGAGCAUAUUCGAGACACGCCCCGAGAUCAUCAACGAGCUCAACUUCACUGAAGACGAGUACUGGGCAAAUGCCACCUCCGAAUCCGCUUUCCUUGCUCGCGUUUUCUCUGAUUUCUGCCUCAAGAAGAAUGAUCUCGGUCGGCGAGACAAUAUGCUUCCCGUUGUCACCGCAAUGGCAUUUCACAUUUCCACAACCUACCACGCCCUGCAAGAUAUCCUCGCCUCUCUCAGAGCAUCGAAUUCUGAUGAGGCUGUUUUCGACGUCGAUGCGGGAUUGACUGACGAGGAACGUGCGAAGAUGGAGGAUGACCUUACAGAUAAAGAGUUCGUCAUGACGGAGAUGCUGAAGUUGGCACUGGAUUUAGACUAUGCGGAUGAGUUGGGAAGGAGGAAGAUGUUUGCACUCGUUCGUGACUUGAUGCAGGAAAGAACUUUACCAGUAACGCUGCUGGAGCCUUGCUUGGACCUUCUACGUCAACUCUCCAAUGGAGAGAGCGAUCUCAUUCGCAUGGUCAGUGAAACCAUCAAUGACUUGCGUUAUGCGCCGGACCAUGAAGUCGACGAGCCUCCUCCUGAAGAUACCUCCAGUGAUUUCGACGCGACUCCAGCCACCGUCAAACCCCAGCGAACCGCGGUAUUCUCCAAUAAGCAGGACUUAAUUGCCAAGACGCAAGAAGAGGCGGAUGAGAUUGACCUCCGAUGCCUACACUUGUGCACAGGUAUGCUCGAACGUGUCAAUGGGACACUGGAAAACCAUUCGACACUGGACGGUGUCCUCAAAGGACUCAUUAUUCCGUCCGUUCGGCGGACCGACAUGAUCUUCCGUUUGCAGGGACUAACGUCGUUGGGAUUGUGCUGCCUGAUCUCUCCGCGCCUCGCCGGGGAUUCGUACCCAUUCUUCAAGGCCCGGUUCUUGGAACCGACUCCUAUUUCCUUGAAAAUUCGCCUAGCUGAGAUCAUCUUCGAUAUUGUCAUGGUCAAUGAGAGGGAGCUCCUAGCAACUGACGCAAACCGGGAGGAACUCGCGGAACUGAUGCUGCAAGGUCUUGGAAAUGACUUUGGACGAGGACAGGGAAGGGAUCACGAGGACGGAGAAGCCGAGGCCAAGAAACUGCAGGCAGUGAUUGCGAAGGGCCUAGCGAAGCUCAUUCUUGCGGGCAUGAUAACGGAUAAAAAUGUUCGCCUCAAAUGUUUCGGGGCACGAACUUCGGUUAACUGGUUUUCGUUAGGUCCUUUGUCAACUUUUCAACUGCUACUUCUCGUCCGACACCGUCGACAACCAAGAUCUUCGGCAAUGUUUGACGUACUCUUCCCCAUGUACAGCUAUUCGAAAUCUGAAAACCAGCAUAACAUGCGAAAGGUGUUCAUUCCAACCAUGGAAAACAGGGAACAUGCUGCCGAGGAAGAGCCUGUGCCGGCGGCGCAGAUUGUUUCGAUGUUCGUUGAUAUGACAGAUCCAUUGAAAGUCCUCGAGGUCGCUGGUAAAGACAUCGACGAGGACGUCCACCUCGACCUUGCGGCAGACAUCAUCAAGGUUAUUCUCGACGGCAAGACAGAGCUGUCCAGGGAAAGCAAGAAAGCUAUGUGCCAGGCGCUGCCUAAAUUGUACUUACCGGAGGAGGCAGAUCAAAGCAAGCUUCGCGGUUUGAGGCUCUUGAUCCACAGUUUGAUCAAGCGUCGUCCGGUCAACGAUGUCUCAGCGAAGAAUGCAGCGGCCAAGUUCGAAACAGCGUUCUGUAAGAAGUACGAACAACUCGAAGGCUUCAGCGAAGCCGAAUACCGACAAUACGGGGAACUCAAGGACUUGUUCGAUUUCUUGGAUGACCUUAUCCCGUUGAGUGGCGACGAAGAAGAUGCCGAUUUGAAACCACCAAAGGGCAAGAAGCGACGAUCUGGAAGUGUUGUCAGCGUCAGCACGGAUGGUGAGAUGGUAUCUGGUGCGACGUCGAGAAGUUCAAGAUCUGGCCAAGGCAAAGCCAAGAAACCGAGAUUCUCUCAGUCAGAUAUUGAAUCCGAUGAGGAGGAUUUGAGGCGAGCAGUGACUCCUCCCCCGCGACCGGCGAGGCCUAAGCGUGCCGCCGCUUUGCACCCCAAAGCUCCCCAAGUGGUAGUAAUUAGCUCAGAUAGCGAUGAAGACGCGACACCCGUUCCACGACGACGCUCUCAAUCAAGUCGUUCGUCCGUACCUCAGGUCAAGGAGGAAGCCGAAGAAAUGGAUGUCAUUGUUGACGACAUUCUCGGCGGCAGCGUUCCUGGGCAUGACUCUAUCAUGGACAACAGCUCCGCGGAUGAAGAUGAAGUUAAUGACCUUGUAUUCCCCAGUGGUGAUGAUUAA